GGAAUUUCUUUCCAUUUCGCGCAUGCAAGCUUACCGACAGCUGAUGUGAUUCUUAGAAACUGUCUUUGCUAGAUAAACCCGUUUUCUGUUUCUACAUCAACCUCUGAGAAGAACAGACUUUGUCAUGACUAAAGACGGAGUUCAAGGGGCGGGCGAGGAGGAGCAGGCACAAUCUAAGAAAGGCCUGAAGAAACAACAGAAGGAAGCGGAGAAAGCGGCCAAGAAGGCUGAGAAACAGGCCAAGCUGGCUGAGCAGCAAACUACAGAAGAGGAUGACUUUGCUAAAGACCGCUAUGGCGUCCCUCCCAUGGUCCAGUCCCAACAGAAACUGGACAGGGCAUUGGUGCGCAUCCAGGACCUGACGCCUGAAAUGGCUGACCAGUUGAUCUGGCUGCGUGCCAGAAUCCACACCAGCAGAGCUAAAGGGAAGCAGUGUUUCUUGGUUCUGCGUCAGCAGCAGUUCAACAUUCAGGCGCUGGUCGCCGUGGGAGAUCGUGCCAGCAAGCAGAUGGUCAAGUUUGCCGCCAACAUCAAUAAGGAGAGCAUUGUAGACGUGGAAGCCCUGGUGAAGAAGGUGGAUCAGAAGAUUGAGAGCUGCUCUCAACAGGAUGUGGAGCUCUUUGUUGAGAGGAUUUUCGUGAUCAGCCAGGCGGAGCCCCGUCUACCCCUGCAGCUGGAUGAUGCUGUCAGGCCUGACGGAGAGGGGGAUGAGGAUGGGAGAGCGACCGUCAACCAGGACACCAAGCUGGACAACAGAGUCAUCGACCUCAGAACCACAACCAGCCAGGCUGUGUUCCGCCUACAGUCAGGAGUGUGCAAGCUCUUCAGAGAUACUCUGACCACCAAGGGUUUUGUGGAGAUCCAGACCCCCAAAAUUAUAUCAGCGGCCAGUGAGGGCGGGGCCAACGUGUUUACUGUGUCCUACUUCAAGACCAGCGCCUACCUGGCCCAGUCCCCCCAACUCUACAAGCAGAUGUGCAUCUGUGCUGACUUUGACAAGGUCUUCUGUGUAGGCCCAGUGUUCAGAGCAGAAGACUCUAAUACACACCGUCACUUGACGGAGUUUGUGGGUCUGGAUAUUGAGAUGGCCUUCAACUACCACUACCAUGAAGUGAUUGAGUCCAUAACCGACACCAUGGUUCAGAUCUUCAAAGGCUUGAGAGACAACUUCCAGACGGAGAUCCAGACGGUGAACAGGCAAUACCCCAGCGAGCCCUUCAGGUUCCUGGAGCCCACUCUGAGGCUGAAAUACAGGGAGGGGCUAACCAUGCUGAGGGAGGCUGGUGUGGAGAUGGGUGACGAGGAGGACCUCAGCACGCCCAAUGAGAAGUUGUUGGGCCGUCUGGUUAAGGAGAAGUAUGACACUGACUUCUAUGUCCUGGACAAGUACCCCCUGGCUGUGAGGCCCUUCUACACCAUGCCUGACCCCAGCGACAGUAAAUACUCCAACUCUUACGACAUGUUCAUGAGAGGAGAAGAGAUCCUAUCUGGCGCUCAGAGAAUCCACGACGCUUCUCUGCUCACUGAGAGAGCCACGCACCACAGCAUUGAUCUGGAGAAGAUUAAGGCGUACAUCGACUCAUUCCGCUACGGCGCUCCCCCGCACGCAGGAGGUGGCAUUGGUUUGGAAAGAGUGUGCAUGUUGUACCUUGGGCUGCACAACGUACGUCAGACUUCCAUGUUCCCCCGUGACCCCAAGCGCCUGACCCCCUGAGAGGUCACUCCGGAAGCUCCGCUGGACAAGGGAAUUAUUGGAGCCAGGAAUUGGAGCUGCCACCUUAACUGUGACGUGCCACUAUAAUUUACCAGAAGAGAUGAGAGAAUCAGUCCACUGUAAAAACAUGGGAUAGUUUGGGGAUUUGGAUGUAGAAAAUAACACAGGAAGUAAUGGCUAUGUAGGGGAGAGGAAAGUGGUUAGGGGACAUAAUCUACAGGCUCACCUGUAGAUUGACAAAUCAAAAUAAAUAACAAUGAAUCAACCUGUCUAUUAAAUCCACUUGUGUUUUAUGUUGUAUCACUUUUCGACUCGGAUAAACAACUUCAAUACAGGUUACACUACAGCAAUGAUGGUGGUCUCAAGAAAUGUUUCUCAGUUGCUUCCAAAAAAAAAAUGUGGAUUCAAGUGAAUAAAAGGCACUUCCUAACA